CAGGCACGUGGGCCCCUGCGCGGCUGGGCUUGGGACUCGGGGGCCAGGAAUCGCGACUGUGGCCUUUGGAGGGGACGGCGCAUCGCGGAGGUGAGGUGGGCAGCCUAGAGGGGAACGGAAGGCGGAGAGGUCGCCGCCGGGUGCGGCCUGGGAACUGGCACUACAGUCUACCCAGCGCCGGACAGGAGAGCCCAUUACGUGACUCUGUCCCGUGGGCCCUGGCUCCCAGCCCCGAUACUGAACAAAACUGGAUGGUGAGAGCCGGCUGAGCUGCCGGCACGCUAUUGAACUUUGUCUCCUCUGGAUUUGAGGGCGUACAGAGACGUCUAAGGAACUCCGCUGGCUGAGCUUGGAGCCCUCCAGGCAGCUGCUUGCCCUGGAAAAUGCUGGAGGCACGGUGCGGCCCCAGGCCCAGGAACCUGUUCUUCCUGUUUCCUGCUUCGGUCCCAGCGGCUGGUCCAGGUCUGAGCAUUUAUGAGUGAAGAACUGGAGCCCACACGGAGCAUCCUCACUGCACCAAGAGCAAGACUGAUCAGGACAAUGGCAGCAGACGUGGACUCCUGGAAUAGCACCAUCAACGGCACCUGGGAGGGGGAUGAACUGGGCUACAAGUGCCGCUUCAACGAGGACUUCAAGUACGUGCUGCUGCCCAUGUCCUACGGCGUGGUGUGUGUGCUCGGGUUGUGCCUGAACGCUGUGGCUCUUUACGUCUUCCUGUGCCGCCUCAAGACCUGGAACGCCUCCACCACGUAUAUGUUCCACCUGGCGGUUUCUGACUCUUUUUACGCAGCCUCUCUGCCGCUGCUGGUUUAUUACUAUGCCAAGGGGGACCACUGGCCAUUCAGCACGGUGCUCUGCAAGCUGGUGCGUUUCCUUUUCUACACCAACCUCUACUGCAGCAUCCUCUUUCUCACCUGCAUCAGUGUGCACCGGUGCCUGGGUGUCCUGCGCCCUCUGCACUCCUUGCGCUGGGGCCGCGCCCGCUAUGCCCGCCGCGUGGCUGCUGCCGUGUGGAUUCUGGUGCUGGCCUGCCAGGCACCCGUGCUCUACUUUGUCACCACCAGUGUACGGGGGGCCCGCAUCACCUGCCACGACACCUCGGCCCGAGAGCUCUUCAGCCAUUUUGUGGCCUACAGCUCCGUCAUGUUGAGUCUGCUCUUCGCUGUGCCCUUUUCCAUCAUCCUUGUCUGUUAUGUACUCAUGGCGCGGCGGCUGCUCAAACCGGCUUAUGGGACCACAGGUCUGCCUCGGGCCAAGCGCAAAUCUGUGCGCACCAUUGCCCUGGUGCUGGCCGUCUUUGCCCUCUGCUUCCUGCCUUUCCAUGUCACCCGCACCCUCUACUACUCCUUCCGAUCGCUUGAUCUCAGUUGCCACACCCUCAAUGCCAUCAACAUGGCAUACAAGAUCACCCGGCCAUUGGCCAGCGCCAACAGUUGCCUUGAUCCUGUGCUCUACUUCCUGGCAGGGCAGAGACUUGUCCGCUUUGCCCGAGAUGCCAAGCCACCCACAGAACCCAUCCCCCGCCCCCAGGCUCGUCGCAGGCUGGGCCUGCACAGGUCUCACAGAACUGACACAGCCAGGAAAGAUGUGUCGAUCAGCAGUGAUGACUCAAGACGGACAGAGUCCACUGCAGCUGGGAACCAGACUAAGGACAUUCGACUAUAGGUCGGAGCCCUCAGGCGUGCUCGUGUUCACGUGAAUGGGCCGAUGUCCUCCGAGGUGGAUCGUCAGCAAUUCUCAUUUGGCAACAGCUCAGAAUACUCAUCCUGUGGACCCCAAAGUCCCCAAUCAUUUAUCUAUGUGAGUCGGGAAAUCAUACUUUAAGAAAGGCAUUGACACCUGACUCCAUGCAGACAGCUGCCAUUCCUGCCAAGGUUGGGGUUCAGGAGGGCUGUUUCAGCCUCAUAAAUCCAAGGGAGGAACAAGCCCAGAGAAGACACAGCAGAAUCCAGGCUAGCUACCUGAAGUAGGAGUGGACUCUCGUAAGUGAGCAGCGCUAAGUCCCCAUCGUGGCUUGGGAUGGAAUUGGCACUCCAGUGGACUCGGCUCAGAGGAAGACCCUCAGGCCAAGAGACAAACACCUGAGGACUGAUUUCAGUUCCUUCUGGAGGAUCCCCUGGGCUGGAAGCCGGGUAGAAGCCAUAACUUAUAUCAAAGAUCGUGCCGCCUGUCAGACUGUGCUCCUGGUGAGAGGACAGGGCCUGGCGGGGAAGCGUUCGUCACCUAUGCAAAGGCCAGUUAUUUCUGACUACUGUCUCCCGGAAGUUUCUGUCAGGGACCCCUCUUCAGAGCCCCAGGUCAACCCUGCUUUUGAGCUUCCUGUCUUCUGUAUUGUAUUCUGCCAAGCACGGAGAAGAGUCAAGUAGGGGUCUAGUUCUUGGGGUUUCUCAGUUCACACAGCUUCACACGUGCCGGUAAAUGUCAAACCAUUUAACUGAACUGGGAGGAGCCCUUUAUUUAUUGCACUGCCGAUUGUUGUGGGGCAAGAAGCCCCACCGUGGCCAAUCAAAUUUCAGCUUCCAAUUACCAGCACAACGGCAGCCUCUGCAAAAUUCCUAAAAAUCAAUCAUGGUUCUUUUUUGUGGGGAGUAGGAAGUUAGAGUCGCUGGUUAGGUGGGAUCUCAGGUAACCAUUGGUGGCCUCAAAUUUGCCAUGUAGCUGAAGCUGAGCUCGAACUCCUUAUCUUCUUGUCUUCAUCUCCUAAGUGCUUGGACUACAGGCAGAUGCCACAUCUAUCCCAACAACUGGUUCUUAAAAGCAGGUGCAGGGUACUUCAUUACCAACCACACUGUGUAGCUAGGACUGUGUGACCCCCUGGUCAGGGAGGGUUCCCUAGAAUGCCAGGAAGUGGACAGGCCAGCUCUGGGGUUUAGGCAGGAACAGACACAGUUGACAGGUCUCACUUGGCCUCAGGGACAGGAGGUCCCUGUCUCCCCAUCUCACCUUGUCUGCCUCCUAAAUCUCCACCCUCCCCUCUCUGCCAUUAAAGGCGAGGCAUUCCCA